UUGGUGAAGUUAGCUCCGCAGAGGCGGUGGCGGGAGACUUGUAGGGGUCUGAGGACAGGCAGGGGAGAGAGGCCUGGGGUGAGGGUGCUGCAUUGAAUUGUGCUUCCCAAAGUUCGUGCAUCGGAAUCCUAACCCCCAGGGCUUCAGAAUGUGACCUUAUUUGGAAAUAGGGCCCUUCCAGGGCUGAUCGAGUUAAAAAACAGGGCAUUGGGAGCCCUAGUCCAAUGUGACAGUGCCCUUCUAAAAGGGGGGGCUUAGGAGGGGGCGGCAGCAUACAGGGAGAAUGCCACGUGAAUGCGGAUGGCGGUCUGCAGGCCAGAGAGAGCGGCCUGGAGCAGACUGCCCCUUGCAGCCUCAGGAGGCACCAGCCCCUGCAGAUGCCUUGAUCUCAGACUUCCGGCCUCCAGACCGAGGAAAUCAGCAGCCGGUCUGUCCGGGAACCGAUACCUGGGGCGCCCUGAUGCUGUUCCAGGAGGGGAGCCCAGGGACCCAGAGGAGAGUAGGGAUGGGAGUCAGGAGGUGCAUGGGUCAGGCCACUGGGGGCCUUUUUCUUAAGUUACGGAAGACUGGAGGAAGGCUUCCGGGGUGAGAAGGUUGGCCCCAUCAGGUUUGCGUAGCUGCAGGGAGACUGGCUAACUGGGGUCCUCAGGACUGGGUGGUGGCAGUGCAGUGGGUUCCGUGGGUUUUCCCGUUCUCUCUUACAGGUUUCCAGAUCAGGUGCCGGAGAGGUCUAUAGCUUAAGCCGGAACUACCUGCAGGCCAUUGGGAGUUUCACUAAAGUAGUCCAUGAUCUUGCUGCCUCAACGUCCAUGGAGUAUGGCCAGGCAGCCUGCAGAGCCUCUGGACCAGCACCAGCCCCUGCCGUGAGCACACGUCCUAGAUAAAGCCUGCAGAGUCACAGCAGCCAGAAGUGGGGUCACCAUGGCGUCCCCGUCAUCCUACCAGGCGGAGGAGGAUGAGAGCCUGAAGGGAUGUGAGCUCUAUGUUCAGAAGCAUGGCGUUCAGCAGGUCCUCAAAGACUGCAUUGUGCACCUGUGCGUCUCCAAGCCUGACAGGCCCAUGAAGUUCCUGCGCGAACACUUCGAGAAGCUGGAGAAGGAAGAAAACAGACAGAUUCUGACACAGCAAAAGUCAGACUCUCAUGACGAGGAGGUCUCCCCGACCCCACCAAACCCUGUGGUGAAAGCUCGCCGCCGCCGCGGGGGCGUGAGUGCCGAGGUGUACACAGAGGAGGAUGCCGUGUCCUACGUGAGGAAGGUCAUCCCCAAGGACUACAAGACCAUGACGGCGCUGGCCAAAGCCAUCUCCAAAAAUGUGCUGUUUGCUCACCUGGACGACAACGAGAGAAGUGACAUCUUCGAUGCCAUGUUCCCUGUCACGCACAUUGCUGGGGAGACUGUCAUACAGCAAGGGGACGAAGGGGAUAACUUCUAUGUGAUUGACCAAGGAGAAGUAGACGUGUAUGUGAAUGGAGAGUGGGUGACCAGCAUCAGCGAAGGGGGCAGCUUUGGGGAGUUGGCGCUCAUUUAUGGCACCCCCAGGGCAGCGACCGUGAAGGCCAAGACAGACCUCAAGCUCUGGGGCAUCGACCGGGACAGCUACCGGCGUAUCCUCAUGGGCAGCACACUGAGAAAGCGCAAGAUGUAUGAGGAAUUUCUCAGCAAGGUCUCCAUCCUGGAGUCCCUGGAGAAAUGGGAGCGCCUGACUGUGGCAGACGCCCUGGAGCCCGUGCAGUUUGAGGACGGAGAGAAGAUCGUGGUCCAGGGGGAGCCUGGGGAUGACUUCUUUAUCAUCACGGAGGGCACGGCCUCCGUCCUCCAGCGCCGGUCCCCCAACGAGGAGUACGUGGAGGUGGGGCGCCUGGGGCCUUCCGACUACUUUGGGGAGAUCGCACUGCUGCUGAACCGGCCCCGGGCAGCCACUGUGGUGGCCCGAGGGCCCCUCAAGUGUGUCAAGUUGGACCGGCCCCGCUUUGAGCGUGUGCUGGGCCCCUGCUCCGAGAUCCUCAAGAGGAACAUCCAGCGCUACAACAGCUUCAUCUCCCUCACCGUCUGAGCCCCGCAGCCCCGCUGCCCAGCUUCUGUGUGCUGGUGAGCUCGUCUGUGUCCACGGGCCGCAGAGGGGGGUGGGCACCCUGGCCGCGUGGGGCCACCCCUCCCUCCAGGCUUUUGUUUGGAAAAAAACAGUCACCCUGUGCACUUCAAAAACAAGGUCCCCAGAGACCCCUGGGCUGAGGAGAUGCCAGCGGCCCCUCCCCACGUCCCUCCCUGUGUGUCUUCUCUGACCAGCCUGCCCCCGGGUGGCCAAAGGGCCCAAUGAGAGUCCAGGCUGGCCCCCGGUGGGCUGAAGGUCAUGUGAUCAGGGCUCCAGUCCUGAGGGUGGUGCGGUGACCUUUGGGGGGUGUCCUGGAGGGACCCCCAGCUUCCGGGGAAGUCAGUGUGAGGGACAGAAGGCCCCAGGCAUGAGAGGCUCUGGUGACCCAGGCUCACAGGAACCCUUAGCGGGGGACAUGGUCGAGUGGCGCGUGCCCUCAUCUCCCCUGGGCAGUGCCUCUGGGGUGGCCUGGCACGUGAGGAGCUGAGGACGCCCCACCAUUUGAGGAGCACUGUUCUCCUGGGGCCAGGGGGUCAGGAUGAUGUCUGCUCUGCAGCUUGUUUGUAAGACAGCUUCUUGGCGACCUUCCGAGAGAGGGGAGGGAUCUUGUAGACACGUGCUAGAUAACGUGAGAGCCAGGGGCCCCUUCUGAGAUGCCCGGCAAUGCCCCACUGGACUCUGCCCUUGCCCAGGAGACUUGUGCAGACGAAGCCCCACCCUCCUGUAGCAGGAAGAGGAGCAAACAGCCCCAGGCCCCACAGUCCCAAGGCCAGAUCCAUUCAGCGUCCCCUAGAUAUGUUUUCCGUUCAGGUACCCUGUGAACGAGAGAGGCCUGGGGGCGGCGCAGAGCCUCCCGGAGCCAAGAACCACAUGGCGCAGUUCCCCUGGUUUUGCUCUCCUGUGCACGUCCGGGGGGCCCCCGCCAGCCCUGUCCCUGCCCACGGAGUUUCUGUGACGCGUGAGCCCGCCCGACUCGUUGCGAUGUUCUGAAUGCUGCAUGUCAUAUUAAAUGUGCAAUGAACUCUC